AUUUGCUUACAACACGUCCUGGCCUGGCCGGUAACCAGUGUUGUACCAAACAGUGAUUUUCCAUUUGUAUUUUCCGCGACACUUCACCUGCAAAGGGGAACUGAGUUGGCGUUAGAUCUAAGAUUAACGAUUCAAACCUAACGUUCUUUAGAAACUAAGCAAUUGACGCCAACAGCGCCUCUAAUCACCACCGCAACACCGACAACUAGAUCCAAACAGAGCCGGGGAGGGAGGAUUUAAUGGUGAUUGAGACUUGGAGGAGGAGGUGAUAGGCGAGGAGUUUGGUUGCGAAAUCAGUGGAUUGGAUGGACAAGAAUAAGAACCGUACUGAUAUGCUCGCUGCUGGUCGUAAAAAGCUUCAACAAUUUCGCCAGAAGAAGGACAGCAAAGGUGGUAGUAGUCAGGGGAAAUCCUCAAAGAAGUCCAGCAGUCCUGGGCAGCAUGAAUCUUAUAUGGAUUCAGUAUCAAACACUGCCAACUCAGCAGCAUUGCCAUUGGUUCUGGAACAGAAACCUGUAUCUCAAAUGGAUUCCAAUUUGGGAGUUUUAGAUUCUUCAGUAUCUCAUUCUAUUGAGAAUUCAAUGCCUCCAUAUAUUGAUAUUGCAGCUGUUGAUCCAAUGUCAAUUCCCAUAAGAACUGAAACCUCGCCAACUGAUAAUGCCAAUAUGGAUAAUGGUGCGAUGGAAGGUAAUGAGACUAAUAUUGAUAUGUUGGCCCCUCCUGCCAUAGUUGAGACCACAAGUUCAGUCGAAAUGGAGAGCAGAAAUACGGAAGCGGAGGAAUCAUUGCAUACUCCUGAUAUGUCCUUGAUUUGUGCAAGGGUAGAUCAGGUAACAGAUGUAGGGGCAAUGCAGGAGGCUGAUGGUUUGGGCUUGAAGCAAUUUAGUGGAAACAAUAUCACAGAACUUGAGGGAUAUGGGAGACUGGCUUUGUCUGAGCGUGUUGAUGAUGCUGAAACUAUAGAAAAUGUAGCAUCAGAACAGACUGCAACGGUAUAUACAGCCUCUCAACUCACGCAAAACGACAGGGCAUUCGAUGCAUCUACUUGUGCUAGUGCUACAGACAUCUCAGAUGGGCUUUCCAUAUCUACUUUGCCUCUUUCAGAGGCAGAUGGAACUUUUGGUGCUGUUCAUGAAGUGGAAAAUCAAGCAGUGGAAAUCGUUAAUGUGGUUCCAUUCAAUGUAGAAGAUUCUGAGAAUCUUUCUGGAAGUGAUCGCCAUGGAAAAAGUGAAGAAGGCAGUCAAGCUGAUAGGAGUAUGGAGGCAUAUAAGCAGCAAUAUAUGCCUGAGGAGUCUUUUGUAUUUGUGGGUAAAAGCCAUGAAGAGCCUCUGUUAACUAAAUUGACAAAUUCAGAUGACGGCUUUAUUUCGUCCUCUUUUCAUGAUGUGUGCCAGGUUAGCUUCUCUCAGCUCAUUGAUGUGAUAAAGGGGCUUAAUGAGGAUGAGUAUAAGUUGCUGCUUAUGUCAAGAGGAUUGCCUGAUAGUUUUAUUCCACUGCCGCAUGGUCUUCCUGCUUUAAUGGAGAGACUCAAUGAAGAAUUAUUCCUCACAAGUUGUACAAAGGAUAUCCUGCACUCGCAACUCAUUGAACAGGCAGAUCUGCAAACAGAAUAUGACAACCAGUUUCACCAAUUCCAUGAUGAAAUCUCUGUGCUUCGUGCUUCACUCAACGAAGCCCAUGAGAGGUGCAACUCCCUCACCAAUGAGCUUGUGGAAUGCAGAUCUGAACUCCUGGCUACUGCAAGCCAAAGGGAGGAGCUCCAAAUCCAGUUUGAUGCAGCAAAGGCCGAGGUUGAGGAUGUUUCUGCCCGAGCAAAAGAUUUGCAGAGCAGUCUGGAAGGGUCACAGUUGGAUUUAUCUAGCCUGUCAAAUGAGUUAGUUGACUCUAAGAAUCUGAUGGGGGCAUUACAUGCAGAAAAGGAGAAUUUAAAUCAGACAAUUGAUUUGCUGACUGAGGAGAGAAAGAAACUUGUGGAGGAAAAAAAUAUUUGUGCACAACAUUAUGAGAAACUAUUGGAGGAAUUAGCUGGCUGCAAGAAUUUAGUUUCAGCCUUACAGGUGGAGAACUGCAACUUAAGUGAGGUUCUUGCUUCAGUGACAGAUAAGAGUAAGAGACUUGAAGAGGAGAAGGACUGUCUUGCCAAUGGGAAUGAAAAGCUAUCUAUGGAUUUGUCUAAUUUUAAGGGUUUGAUGGAAGCUCUACAGGUGGAAAAUGCUAACUUAAGGGGAGACCUUACUGUGAUAUCAGAGGACAGAAAGAAACUUGAAGAGGAGAAAGAGCAUUCAUUUCAUGAGAUGGAGAGACUUUCAUCUGAGCUUCUUGGUCUUCAUGAAAAGUUAUCUAAAGAUUAUGGGCAACGGGAACUGUUGGAGGUGGAGCUAAAAGAAGUGACAAUGCGUCUUGAACAGCUAAUGGAGGAAAACAUAUUUCUGCAAAGCAGUUUAGAGUUACAUAAAGCUAGGAUGGAAGAAAUUGACCACAGGCUAGCUCAAGGACUAUCUCGAGUUGGCGAGGCUCCUAAUCAGGUUGGAAGUUUGAACGUAUGGAACAGGAGCUGUGACAAUGAAGCUGUUGAUGAGCAGUCUCACCAAACGCCUGGAAACCAAGUUUCAGAUGGCCUUUCAUUGGGGCAGCCACGUGAGCCAUUUGAGGUGGAACCCUUUGAUGAUUCUUUGGGGUUUGUUGUCUUGAAAGGACACUUGGAGGAGGCAGAGAAAAUUUUGCAAAAACUUGGAAAGGAAAUUGAAGGGAUGCAUUCUCAUGCGAGAUUCUUGAGUAGAUGUGAUAGUAAAUUGGCAGUUCCAGCAGUAUCAAAACUGAUUCAGGCUUUUGAGUUGAAGGCACAACAAGAUGAACAAGAGGCAGAGGACAGGGCCACGACGGAGGAACAAUCAAUAGCAGCAGAUCUAUUUUCAUUAACAAGGGAGCAUACAGCAGAUUUGAAAGCAAUGCUUAAGCAGUUAGCCUUGGAUUCUGUGAAUGCCAGUUUAUUAUUCAAGGCAGAGCGAGAUGGUAGAAAUGCUGCCAAUCUCACAAUGAAGGAGCUCAAGUUUCAGUUUGAAACCAUGAAGGAACACACUAAUAAUUUAGAGGCAAGCAACAUUGAGCUAGGGGUUCUUUAUGAAUGUGUAAAGCAACACUUUUCUGUUCUUGAAGAAAAGAACCGAGACCUUGAGGAUCUUUGUGAAAUCUUAAAGCAACAAAACAGUAGUCUUAAAGCAGAAAAUAGUGAGCUCUGUGAAAAAUUGUCUGAGAGCGAAUCAAAAAUUCAUGAAUUGCAGAGUCAAUUGGUUGAUUUACAGAAAAAUUCGGAUGAGCUGGCUUCUGCACUUCGUGAUCAAUUGGAAAAUUUCCAGAAGGAAGCGGUUGAAAAGGCAUUGGCAGCUGAGCAGGAAAGAAAUUCUACUGUCACUCAAAUUCUUGAAGCAGUUGAGAAGCUUGAUGAUUCUACUGGAUUUCGGAUCAGCCAUAUCACUGUAACUGAUGGUCAUGCUCUGGUGGAUAUAAGUAGCCAUGCAACUGCUUCUGUUAAUGCAGCUAUUAAAAUCAUUGAAGACCUGAAGGAGAAACUUGAAACGGCUCACUCAGACCAUGAAGCAACCUUUAACUUAUUCAAAGAAGUGAAUGAGAAGUGCAAUGAAUUACUUGGAAAGAAUGAUUUGACCAGUGGCACAUUACAUAGAUUGUAUUGUGAGCUUAGGAAACUUGUGAUAGAUUCAUGUGGUUCUCUGGGAGAAACUGGACUUGACAUACAUGAAGAGAAGCUACCCGAUCCUGUAGAUUACAGUGGAUUCAAAUCUGUUAUGGCGCAAUUGGAGAAAUUUAUGGCUGAGAGGCUGCAGCUUCAGUCUGUUAACAACAAUCUUAAUUUAGAGUUGAUGAAUAGAGCAAAAGAUGCUGAAGAACUAAACAGAAGACAUGUCGAUCUAAGUUCCAUUGAAAAUUUAAUUGAACAGGUUGAGGGUGUAUUUAAACUGGAAGAUGCUGAAAUGGAAUUAGAGGGAAUGCCUUUUUCACGUCUGGAGUCAUUGGUGUCUUUCCUUGUUCGUAAAUGCAAGGAGGCUGAUGAGCAAGUUAGCUCAUCUACAGAAGAGUUUGUAUCCAAGGUGGAGGAAUCGAGGAAAUUGCAGGAAAAGGUGCAUCAAUUAACUGCCUUGAAGCUUCAGCAUGAAACUGAAAUUGAAGAUCUUAAGGGACACUUAAGCCAGGUUGAGGAGGCCCUUCAUAAGAAGCAAUCUGAAUUACAGGAGAAGGUGAGUGAACUUGAACAAUCCGAGCAAAGGGUAUCUUCAAUUAGAGAGAAGCUUAGUAUUGCUGUUGCCAAGGGGAAAGGGUUGGUUGUGCAGCGUGACAGUCUCAAGCAAUCUCUGUCAGAGACAUCCACUGAAUUGGAAAGGAGCUCACAAGAGUUACAGCUGAAAGAUGCUAUGCUGCAUGAGCUAGAAACAAAAUUGAAGACUUAUUCUGAGGCUGGAGAACGUGUGGAGGCUCUGGAAUCUGAACUUUCAUACAUUCGCAACUCUGCUACUGCAUUAAGAGAAUCAUUCCUUCUCAAAGACUCGGUUCUUCAAAGGAUAGAAGAGAUUUUAGAAGAUCUAGAUCUGCCUGAGCAUUUUCAUUCAAGAGAUAUUAUUGAGAAGGUUGAUUGGUUGGCCAGGUCAGCAACUGGAAACUCUUUGCCACUGGCUGAUUGGGACCAGAAGAGUUCUGUCGGUGGUUCAUAUUCUGAUACUGGUUUUGUUGUCAUGGAUGCCUGGAAGGAGGAUGUACAGCCAAGCUCAGGUUCAGGGGAUGACUUAAGAAGGAAAUAUGAGGAGCUUCAAGGUAAAUUUUAUGGGUUGGCUGAACAAAAUGAAAUGCUGGAACAGUCUUUGAUGGAAAGGAACCAGUUAGUGCAGAGAUGGGAAGAGCUUUUGGACCGGAUUAAUAUGCCCGCACACUUGCGAUCUGUUGAACCAGAGGUUAAGAUUGAGUGGUUGGGAAAUGCACUUUUGGAGGUUAAUCAUGAUAAAAAUUCUCUGCUGGAGAACAUUGAAAAACUUGAAAACCAUUGUGAAUCACUAACUGCAGAUUUGGAACAGUCUGAAAAGAGAAUAUCUUGCCUAGAUGCUGCGUUGGAGGAGUCCCAAAAGAGAAUAUCUGACCUUGAGAUGGAUAUUGAGGCAGUUAUCCAUGAGAGAGAAAAUCUUUCUGAAAGAUUGGAGAUUCUUAGCUGUGAUCAUGAGAAACUUUCAGCAAAGGCAGCCCAGUUUGGACUUGACAAUGAAAAAUUGCAGAAUGAAGUUAGUGGCUUACAGGAGCAAUUGGCUCAGAAGCUUGAGAACGAAGAGCAUAUUCAGAGAAUUAAUGGUGAGAUAUGCAGACUGCAAGAUUUGAUAUAUGAUACAUUAAAGGAUCCUGGUACAAAUGAAUUGAUUUCUGGCGGAGAUAGUAUUCAGUGUUUGGAAGGAUUACUGAGGAAGCUUAUAGAGAACUACAUGGCUCUUUCUUUGGUGAAACCUCUACUUGGGGAUGCAGAUGAGAAGCAACAUGCCGAAGAGGCUGGUGUAGAUCUUGAUGAAAGAACUAGAGAUGUUCUGGAUGAUAUGGAAUCUGACAAAGCUCUUCUGAAGAGAGAUCAAGUGGAUGCUAAUUCAGUGAACGCAGAAAUUCUGAAGAAAAAGCUGGAGGAGGCUCUGAGCGAACUGGUAUCUGUGAAGGAGGAAAGAGAUGGAUAUAAGGAGAAGCAACAAUCUUUGGUUUGUGAAGUUGAAGCACUUGAAAGAAAAAGGGAGAAGUUGCAAGAGCUACUUAAUCUGGAGGAGCAGAAGUCAACUUCUGUAAGGGAGAAAUUGAAUGUUGCAGUUAGAAAAGGGAAGUCUUUGGUUCAACAGCGUGAUGGUCUGAAACAAACUAUUGAAGAGAUGAAUGCGGAAUUGGCACACUUGCAGUCUGAGAUUAAGCACCGGGAGAAUGCUCUUACAGACUAUGAACUCAAGACGAGAGAUUUAGCUGCCUACUCUGGAAGGGCAGAAGCACUUGAAGCUGAGAGCUUGUUCAUGAGGAAUCGUUUGGCUGAAAAUGAUUGCAUUCUGCAGGAGAAAGGACAUACUCUAACUGUGAUUUUGAAUAUCCUUGGAGGCAUUGAUGUUGGUGAAAUUUAUGACAGUGACCCAGUUAAGAAGUUGGAACACAUUGGAAAACUCUACCAUGAUUUGCAUGCUGCUGUGGCCUCUUUGCAGGAAGAGUCUAGAAAAUCGAGAAGAGCAGCAGAGCUAUUGCUUGCGGAACUGAAUGAAGUUCAGGACAGGAAUGAUGGCCUCCAAGAGGAGCUAGCCAAGGUUACUGUUGAGCUUAGUCAACUCUCCAAGGAUAGGGAUGUAGCAGAGGCCGCCAAAUUUGAAGCUCUUUCACGUCUCGAACAGUUAUCCCUGGUCUGCACUGAGGAGAAAAGGAAAAAACACUCUGAAAUUCUCUUGUUAAAAUCUGCUGCAAACCAACUUGGGAAGAGCUUCUACGAUAUCAAUGAUUCACUAGCUCGUUUUUUCUCCGAUGACUUGGAGUUUCUGCAAAAUCUGGAGUCUGGCCUGAAGUCAUGCCUUGAUAGAGCAGAAGCUGAUCUUGUGGUUCCUGGACCUUCUUUUAGUGCAUAUGGUGACAUUACAUCCAGCAAUUCAGGAAUUAAGGGAAACUUUUCAUCACAAAUCAAUUUGCCAGACCAUUUGGAUGAUGAUAUUAUCACAGAAGUUUUUAGUUCUUUAGAAGAAUGCGUUAAAGAAGUUGAUGCUGUUAAAAUAAUAUUACAUGAACACUCUGCUGCAGUUAAUGAAAAAGCUAGCAGUCUAUCCAAGUUAAUGGGUUCCAUUCAUAGAGACAAGACUUCACAGAGAGAGUUGAUUGAGACCAUGAAGCAAGAAAUUAAGCAAAUAGAAUCAGCUGAAAAACAAAAAGAAAUCGAAAUUGUUGUAUUGCACAGAAACAUUGCCUUGCUUUAUGAAGCCUGCUCCAGUUCACUCAUGGAAAUUGAAAAAAGAAAAGCUGAAGUAUUUGCAAAUAAUUCGCCUGUUGGAGAUCUGGGUAUGAACUUGAAAUCUGUAGCAUUUGGUGAUGGUGUUCUUCCUUUCGGUGGAGAGAAUAAUGUAUCAUCUGAGGAGCAUGUCAAGACUAUGGCAGAAAAACUGUUAUCGGUCGUGAAAGAUUUUGCUAGCAUAAAAGGGGAGAUCAUAGAGGGUAACAAGAAGGAAAUGAAAAUUACCAUAUCAAAUUUGCAGAAGGAGCUUCAGGAGAAGGACAUUCAAAGAGAGAGGAUUUGCAAGGAUCUGGUUAGUCAAAUUAAGCAGGCUGAAUCAGCUGCAGCAAGCUACUCCCUAGAUCUUCAGUCUUCAAAAUCUCACAUGCAUGAUUUAGAGAGAAGGCUGGAAAUUAUGGAAGAUGAGCGGAAUUUAUUGAGGCAGAAAGUCAAGGAACUUCAGGAUAAGCAAACCAUCACAACAGAAUUACAAGAGGAAGUCAGAUCUCUGACUGACAGAAUCUCUGCCAAAGACCAGGAAAUUGAAGCCCUAAUGCAAGCACUUGAUGAGGAGGAGGUUCAGAUGGAGGAUUUAACAAAAAAGGUUGAGGAAUUGGAAAAAGUUGUGCAGCAAAAGAAUUUAGAUAUUGAAAAUCUUGAGGCCUCUCGUGCCAAGGUUGUGAAAAAGCUUUCCAUCACUGUAAAUAAGUUUGAUGAGCUUCAUCAUUUUUCUGAAAGUCUUGUUGCUGAGGUCGAAAAGCUUCAAUCACAAUUGCAUGAUCGUGAUGGUGAGAUUUCUUUCUUAAGGCAAGAGAUUACUAGAUGCACAAAUGAGGCUCUUGUUGCAUCUCAGACAAACAACAAGAGGAAUUCAGAUGACCUCUGUGAGUUAUUGACAUGGUUAGCGGCACUGAUUUCUCUAGAUGUCAACCUUGAUGAUACUAACCAGAUAAAUGAGAACAAAGAAAUUAUUCAGAAAAAGAUCACAUCUAUUUUGUCCGAAUUGGAUGAUCUACGUGUAGCAGCUCAAAGCAGGGAUGCAUUAUUGCAAAUAGAGAGGAGUAAAGUAGAGGAUUUAACUCAGAGAGAAGAAAGUCUUGAGAAGUCUUUGCGUGAGAAGGAAAUGCAAUUAAACAUGCUUGAAGUUGGUGGAGAUGAUCAGCCAAAGAGUACAAGAUCUGAAAUUUUGGAAGUUCAACCUGUGAUAUCCAAAUGGACAGUGCCUGGGCCCUCCACUGCAACUCAAGUUCGCAGCUUGCGCAAAGCCAGUAAUAAUGAUCAAGUUGCUAUUGCUAUUGAUAUGGAUCAUGGUAGCAGUAGUAGAGUAGAGGAUGAAGAUGAUGAAAAAGCUCAUGGUUUCAGAUCACUCACUUCAUCAAGAAUUGUUCCAAAAUUUACUAGACCUGUAACUGACAUGAUUGAUGGUUUGUGGGUUUCUUGUGAUCGGACACUAAUGCGACAGCCUGCCUUAAGGCUUGGUAUUAUGAUCUAUUGGGCUGUGUUACAUGCAUUGCUUGCUGCUUUUGUGGUUUGACAAGGCUAACUGGUUUCCACAUAUUUGGAGGACCAAGUCUAGUAUUAUACCCCCGAUGGGUUUUGGGCCUGUAUAUACAGUGAUUUUUGUUUUUCUUUUCACUUGUGGCCAGAUUGAUUUAUUGUUUAGGUCAACCGGGCAACUGCGAUUGCAAUUUUAUUCGUACAAAUCUCAGAUUGCUUGGUUGCAUCCAAUAAGAGGGGAAAAAAAAAUAUAUAUAUAAAUAUUCUUGUUACCAUUACACAGGGCGUAGUAUCAGAAUUACUUAAAUUGAAUUUGAACCAUGUUUGUAUCUUAUUACUUUCGUCAGAUCAGUGUUUCUUUAUAAGAUUAAAGGGUUCCUCUGUUGAAAUUGAACACAGUAA